AUGUUUCAGAGAAUGAAACAACUCGAUACAUUGAAUUCGGAAAUGCCAUCUCAUAUUUGUUGCGAGGAGCAUCGACGACAGCUAGUGAAAUUCGCUGAUCUAUCGCAACUAUUACCCAAUAUCGACAUGACGAAUUUAGCAUUUUAUUUUGCUCGACAAUGUCAGAAUAAUAAGAAAGCUGCCCGAGCAGCACGACGUUUAACAGCCGUAUCUCAACGGACAACGACGAAUGAUGACAAAAAUACCUCACCUUUUCAUAUUGUCGAUCGUCUACUUGCAGCACCGACCGGCAUCUACGCACCUGAAUUGAAUUCUCGUCCAUUUCAUGAACUUUGUUCUCGAAAAGAUUUACUUCUUUCAUUCGAACGUUACAGCAAAGCGUUCACACUUGAAGAUUACAAUGUUAUCCCGUACGCAUUCGACAUCCAACUGAAAUAUCGUGCGUUAUCAUUUCUUUCGAAACAAGAGACUUAUAAUCGUUUAACGUCUAUGACCAAUAUCACUCUUAGAGAAACGAAAAUCAAUCGUGUACAUAAAGGGUCAGUCAUUCGAGUUCAUUCAAUUGUCGAUCCACUGAUAACCCCAAGAUCCAUACAACUAAUUGUCGAAGAUGACAACAACAAUAUUGUACGUUUAUCGAUAUAUAAUUGGUACACAAUUCUCGCUGAUCAAUCGAGUGAACACAUCCGAAAUCGAAUGAGACGGGAAAGAUAUUUCAUGAUUGGAAAUCCGUUUAUUAAAAUGGCUGCCGAUGGCUUAUUAAUUCUACGAGUGGAUAACCCUAGACUUGACGUGUGGUUUACGGACUACGAAAGAGAAAUUGAACAUAUGACCGCUGAUAAGUUACGUGACCUAGGUAACAAAUGUUUUCGUAAUAAUGAUAUUCAUGGAGCAAUUGAAUAUUAUUCCCAUGGUUUAAUCAAAAGUCCCAAUGAUACGCGAAUUUUGAGUAAUCGCGCUGAAUGUUACCUUCAAGGUCAAUUACCUCAUUUAGCUUUCGCUGAUUGCGAACGUAUCUUAGAAAUCUGUGCGAGUAAUUCGACAGAAGAGAAUACCGAUGGUACAUUUACAUGGAAAAUUCAUUAUCGAAAAAUGCGUGCUUUGAUUGGUUUACAGUUAUUUGAUCAAGCCAGACUAGCGAUUAAUUCUUUAUUGGAAUAUACACAAGAUGUGGCAUCAUCGAAUGAAAUUCUUGAUCGUUUUCGACGUAUUCUCGAUUGUGAUAUUCCGCGUUUACAGAAUGAAGUCGAUGGAAAGUAUGAUAUGUUCGAUUUAUUAACCAAUCGAAACAAGCGUUCCGACGAUUUUCUUGCCGAAUUCGAGCGUGCGAACGUCUGCGAAUUCCGACAAUGUGAAGAAGAAGUAAAAGAGUUUAUUUUCAGCAACUAUCAAAGNGCAUCAUCGAAUGAAAUUCUUGAUCGUUUUCGACGUAUUCUCGAUUGUGAUAUUCCGCGUUUACAGAAUGAAGUCGAUGGAAAGUAUGAUAUGUUCGAUUUAUUAACCAAUCGAAACAAGCGUUCCGACGAUUUUCUUGCCGAAUUCGAGCGUGCGAACGUCUGCGAAUUCCGACAAUGUGAAGAAGAAGACAAAGGUUUUGGUAUGUUUGCGUUGUGCCCGUUAAAACCAGGUACGCUGCUGCUUGUCGAACGGCCGAUUGCUUAUGCUCAAUCGAAGCCAAAUGAAGUUCUAAUCGAUGAUCCUUCGCAUUUGAUAACUUUUUCAUUGACUCAAAAAUCCGAACAUCGAAACGCAGAUGACGGAAAUAGUCAUGGCGGUAAAUAUCUUCGACAACCUUCAUUAGAGCUCCUCAAACAAAUCGAAGCGCGCAUUCUUCUCGACCAGAAGUACUACAUUGAAAAAUUAUCCCAUCUAACCCCACUACGUCAGUAUCCGUUAAGAAAAAAAUCCGAAGACGAAGAUUAUUUCACACUUCAAUAUAAAGCUUUGAUUGAAAUCUUCGAACGCAACGUUAUUAACAAUGGUCUAUGGGCAAAACUAGCACGAUUUAACCAUUCGUGUUUGCCGAAUUGUUUCUACAUCAUUAUCAAUCAGAUUUGUUUUGUAAGUGUUUUGAGACCAAUUGAAGUCGGCGAAGAAAUGACGAUUUGUUAUUUUCCCGAUGUUUAUUCAUCAUACAUUGAUCGCACGCUUCGCCUACGCGAGUUUUCGAUCAGUGAAUGCAAUUGUAAACUUUGCGAAUACGAUCGGUUCGAAGGUCAGGCUGAAAUGCAACAAUUAUGUCGACAAUUUGAUGAAAAUGAAGAUGAUGAAGAUAAACGUCGUCAUUUAUUCAAACAUUUAACACAUCAAUACAGCACAACACGACCAUUAGGUUUCAUUGAACAAUUAAGUCAAUUGAAACGAUCCGUUAAACUCGAAAUAUUCCUUGAACAGGUCAAACACGGCUACGUUGUACAUCCAUAUGUUCUUAAGUACAUUCUGUCACAUAAAAAUAAGAUCAAUCAGUUGGAAAACGUUGUUCAACAAAUACAAACCGAACUUGCUUAUUUCAAUUGGACAAGUGAAGAUGGCAAUAAUCAAACCAGUCGAUUUCUAGAGAUUAUCCAAGCAUUAAUCAAUUUUCUCUGA